GAAUAUUUUCUGCACAGGUCCAAAGCUUUAAUGAAGUACUGGUAGUGUGUUUCCUAUAAUAUUAUUUGCAAAUUUUUUGACAAGACUUUCAAAAACAGAGGGUUGGUUUGUGUCCCAACCCGUCAUUCCCACGAGACCACGUGACAACGCGAAUGUUUAUCCCGCCUUCUCAUCCCAAUUGCAUGCCGCUGCCUCUGUUGGAGCGCGUCUGGUUUUGAACAUAACCAACCCAAACCAGGCGAAUCUCUAGCGGGGAAAUCUCUCAAUAAUUUCUCAAUAACUACCUGGUUCUGCGACGUCAAAUCAACAACCUCAACCUACAAUCUACAUACAUCAAACCCAAAAAUGGCCCCAAAAAUGACAAGUAAGAAACGCGCUCGCGACGAAGAGGCGCAGUCCGGCGGCAGCGAGGCCGAGACAAAACCCGCACCUGUAAAGAAAGCCAAGUCAAAAGCCAGCAACCCCGGUGGCUCUCAGGUCGAUGCAGAGGGCAAUCCUUUCUGGGAGAUUUCCGAUAAGCGCCGGGUUGGCAUCUCGCAGUUCAAAAAGAUGGAUUUCAUCAACAUCCGCGAGUACUACGAGGCUGGCGGUGAAAUGAAGCCGGGCAAGAAGGGAAUUGGACUCACAGUGGACCAGUAUACUGCUUUUUUGAAAGCCAUACCUGCCAUCAACGCCGAGUUGCGCAGCAGGGGUCACGACAUCACUGAUGACUCCGAUGGCGGAGGUGCCCCAGUGGUCGCAAAGCCUGAAGGCAACGCCAAAAAGUCGACAAAGAAGCAGGAGAAGAAGGCCAACAUCGAGGCGACCAGUGACGAAGGUUCUGGUUCCGACUGAGUUACUAGCUUUUCGGUCCCAUAAUUGUCGACCAAACCCCAACUGCUCUGGACCUAGGAAUUCUACAGCCUAUGGUCUUUUGACUUUGCUGUACUAAAGGAUGAAGACUUGUACUUUUUUUCACAACAUAAUGAAGAUAUGAAACUUGGUAUUGGCGAUGGAUGGUGUUGAUUACAAAAGGUGUACUGCACUUUGGCUCUCGCAGGGCUUUUGCAAAUAAACAGUGGUCUCACCAGGCGCUAAAGGCGACAAGAACCUUUUUGACAGUCAUAUUGCACACACGCAGACUAUUCAAGCGCCAAAAAAAGAACACACCAUCUCGGAAAUAAUGCCGGCAAAGGCCUUACACUUGGGCCUUUUCUGACAAGGGUGGAGAACAAGACAUUUCAGUGCCCUACCGGACCAUCCAUUGAGC